AUGACACCGCCAAGUUGCAUGUCGGUCAGUCUUCAAGACAGCUCCAUGGAAACGUUUCAAUCUAAUGGGACUUAUAACUGUACUCUCCACUCCCCCGCUGGAAGAGCGGUUCCAUUUGUAGACCGUGGGAUUUCCACGACUCUACGAGUCUUGGGUGACACAGCCCCUUUGAAUCCUUUGCAAUGGAUGGAGUACCUGAGAUUAACAAUGUAG